AUGCAAACCUAAGACCUUGUUGAAUAUUUAGAAUAAGAUGUCAAAAGCUGUAAUCAACUCUUUACUUUCAUUCCCUAUCAACCCUCAUUCUAUAAUUUCAUUACUAAGUAUCAAUUGAAAUCCAUUCAAAUCGAAUUGAAGAGUGAAGAAUUAUUACCAUUAUCUAUAUUAAUGAAAAAUUGCAACAUAAAAUUAAAUAUCAUCAGCAAUUCAAACAAGCCUAUGGUUUAACUAGCUCUUUUGAAUUCGAAAAUACAAUCUCAAUUGAUAUUAUUUCUUAUGACAUAGAAGAACCUUAUAAAGAGUAAAGAAACUUUAAUUUUUAAUUCGAAAAUUGGAAAACGAUAACAUGUAUCCCAUCUUAUUAAACUUUGCAGUUGCUAAUUCGAAUUGGAAUUCUGA